CUUCAACGGAAGGUUUCCAGAUGGAUAUGCGGAGCAAAUCUAUCUGGCGGAGUCAGGUAAACGUUGUAGGCCUAUCGUUAAGUAAAUUGGAAAGCAAUUAAGUAACUAAGCUGAAGGGAAAUGAAGAGGAGUUAUCCAUCUGGUAGCGAGAAGAAGAAGAAGAAAAAAGAAGAAGAAGCAAAAAGAAAGAAAGACAGUGGAUCAUUGCUUAAAUUUAUAACAAAACAGACAGAUAAAGUGCCCCUACCAAAUGCUGAUGAUGAAAACCUUCCAGCAACAUCCACCUCCAGUGGGAUAGUGGCCACUCAACCUGUUGGUUGUCAUGAAGAGCAAGAAGAGACACCAGAGGCACAUCGAGCACCCAUUCCAAGUUAUGAUACUGAUGACUUUCCAGCAACAUCCACCUCCAGUGGGAUAGUGGCCACUCACCCUGUUGGUUGUCAUGAUGAGCAGGAAGAGACACCAGAGGCACAUCGAGCACCCAUUCCAAGUUAUGAUACUGAUGACUUUCCAGCAACAUCCACCUACAGUGGGAUAGUGGCCACUCACCCUGUUGGUUGUCAUGAUGAGCAGGAAGAGACACCAGAGGCACAUCGAGCACCCAUUCCAAGUUAUGACACUGAUAACUUUCCAGCAACGUCCACCACCAACAGGACAGGAAUUCGUACCCCUCAUCAUGACACGUCAGCUGCUACUACAACAGGUUUGACUACAUCAGAAGACCCUGCAGAAUGGCCAAGUGUUCUUAGCCAUACUGAAGUGUGUGCAUUAGUCACAAAAGGGCCUGUACAGAUCAAAGAUGUAGUAUUCCCACAGAAUUCUGAGAAAAAUCCACGUGGAAUUAAUGGCACAAUUCGAUCCAAUCAUGAGUGA